GCCAGCUUUUUAGAAAUCCCUAAAAAACUAAAACCUUUCAUUUCAUUUCAUUUCCAUUUCCAUUUCAACUCCAAAAACAUGUUGAAUAAAAUCAAAAUCAAUUGAUAAAUGCCUAAUUUCAACUUCAAUAAAUUCUCCAUUUCUUCUUCAUUCCUAACAAUGCAAUUUCCACAACACCACCAGCUUCUUCUGUUCUUGUUCUUACUGGUCACCGCCGCCGCCGGAGAAAUAACUCCGGCAGACGAAGUCCGGUCACUACUUGAGUUCAAAAAAGGGAUCAGUGAAGACCCAUUAAACAAAAUCAAGGAAUCUUGGACUUCAGAUCCAGAAAAAGCUUCAAUCUGCUCAGUAUUUUAUGGCAUUUCUUGUAAUGAAAAUGGGUUUGUUUCCGCCGUCAAUCUUGACCAUCUUGACUUAUCUGGUGACUUAAAGUUUGUUACUUUAUAUAAUUUGAAGUUUCUUAAGAAUUUAAGUCUUUCUGGUAAUCGAUUUACGGGUCGAAUUGUUCCGGUUAUCGGGUCAAUGUAUUCACUUCAGUAUUUAGAUCUGUCUGCUAAUCACUUUUAUGGCCCAAUCCCAGAAAAAAUUAAUGAUCUUUAUGGCUUAAGUUAUCUUAAUUUGUCUAGUAAUAAUUUUAGUGGUGGAUUUCCUAAUGGAAUACAGAAUUUGCAACAGUUGGCGGUGCUCGAUUUGCAUUCGAAUUCGUUACGGGGCGAUUUAGGUGUUUUGUUUAGUCAGCUUAGGAAUGUGCAGUAUGUUGACUUAAGUGGUAAUGCUUUUUAUGGGUCAUUAUCAUCAGCUAAUAAUGUUGUGCCUAGUGUUGUUAAUACUGUGCAGUAUGUGAAUUUAAGUCGGAAUCGAUUAGGUGGCGGUUUUUUUAGUGAGGAAAUUCUUGUGUUGUUUAGGAAUUUGCAUGUUUUGGAUUUGAGUGAUAAUGAGUUGAAUGGAAAGUUGCCUUCUUUUGGGUUGAUACCGAAUCUUGAGGUUUUGAGGUUAAGUAAUACUCAGUUGUUUGGACCGAUACCCGAAGAGCUUUUGGAGAAUUUUAUUCCUUUGAAAGAGCUGGAUCUUAGUCGAAACGGGUUUUCAGGUUCAAUUCCAAGAAUUAACUCUACUAGUUUGACUACUUUGAAUCUGUCAUCAAAUGAGCUAUCAGGAUCAUUGCCACUUGCAUUAGGAAAUUGUCAGAUUGUUGAUUUGAGCAACAAUAUACUCUCUGAUAACAUAUCUGUUAUAGAGAAAUGGGAAUCACCUCUGCAAGUUCUAGAUUUGAGCUCAAAUAAGUUAACUGGAAAUUUGCCGAACUUGACGUCACACUUCAAGGGACUGACUGUACUUAAGGCAGGAAAUAACUCUAUAAAAGGCACGCUUCCUCCUAUAUUGAUGUCAUCCCCAAGUUUGGCGCUGCUUGACUUGAGCAUGAAUGAACUUGAUGGGUCAAUUCCGCCUGGUUUAUUCACUUCAAUGGCUUUGACCAAUUUGAAUCUUUCAAAAAACAAGCUCACGGGCCCAAUUCCUUUCCAAGGGUCACAAGAAAAAUCUUUAAUAGAGUUAUCCCCUUAUCCGCCGAUGGAGUUUCUUGAUCUUUCAUAUAACACCUUGGCGGGUGUGUUGUCAUCCAAUAUAGGCAACUUCAGGAGGCUUAAGUUAUUAAAUCUUGGAAAUGACGGGUUAUCGGGUGAAUUGCCAAAUGAGUUGAGCAAACUAAGUCAAUUGGAGGUUCUUGAUUUAUCUAAUAAUCACUUCAAUGGUAAGAUUCCUGAAAAUCUAUCUCCAGUGUUGAAGUUUCUUAACAUGUCAGGCAACAGUUUAUCUGGGAAAAUUCCCAAAAACUUGAAGAACUUCUCAGAUGCUUCUUUUUUUCCCGGGAACCCGUCUCUGAGCUCACCUGGCCGCCACCCGUCAGCUGAUGGCAGUUUGCCACCACAAUCUGUUAUUGAUGGGAAAAAACAUAAGUCAAAGUCUAGCAUUAAAAUAGCCAUUAUUGUCGCAUCUGUUGUAGCGGCAUUAAUGAUAGCAUUUGUGUUAUUAGCGUAUUAUCGGGCCCAAAUUGGAGAUUUUCGUGUUAAAACCGCAUUUGGUGGCCAACAAAGUUUGACUACUAGGGAUAUAAAGCAUGGAAUAUCGAACCGCCCUACAACAUCUUUAAGUUUUUCAAAUGCUCAUUUGCUAACAUCAAAUUCAAGGUCGCUUUCUGGACCGUCGGAGCUUGGUGGUGAGGCGGUGGAGCCUCCAGCAAUGCCACCAGCAUAUGCCGCUAGUUCGAUAUCAGCUAUACCUAAUCUAAUCGACACUGAUCCUGCACCGUCUGGAAGGAAAUCUUCUCCUGGUUCACCCAUUGCUUCCUCGCCACGUUUUGUUGACACAAUUGAACAAGCUGUGACACUUGAUGUAUAUUCACCAGACCGCUUUGCUGGUCAACUUUUUUUCUUUGACCCGAGACCUCAACUAUCUUUUACAGCUGAAGAUUUGUCUCGAGCUCCAGCUGAGAUUCUCGGAAGAAGUAGCCAUGGAACAUUGUACAAAGCCACCUUAGGUGGUGGACACAUGUUAACAGUGAAGUGGUUGAGAGUUGGGCUAACCAAAGAUAAGAAAGAAUUUGCAAAGGAGAUCAAAAAGAUUGGAACAAUGAUUCAUCCUAAUGUUGUGCGACUGGUCGCGUAUUAUUGGGGUCCCAGAGAACAGGAAAGACUUACCUUGGCCAAUUACAUAGAGGGAGAUAGCUUGGCGUUACAUCUUUAUGAGACAACCCCUAGAAGAUACUCCCUUCUAUCCUUCAACCAACGACUAAAAGUUGCUGUUGAUGUGGCUCGAGGCCUGUCCUACCUUCAUGGAAGAGGCAUGCCGCACGGAAACCUUAAACCAACAAACAUAAUCUUGGAAGGCCCUCAAUACGAUGCCCAGCUUACCGAUUACGGGCUGCAUCGUCUGAUGACACCUGCAGGCAUCGCUGAGCAAAUUCUCAACUUAGGAGCCCUUGGCUACCGGGCUCCUGAACUAGCAUCUGUGCCCAAACCCGUUCCAUCAUUCAAAGCCGACGUAUAUGCAUUUGGUGUGAUCUUGAUGGAACUUUUAACCAGAAGAAGUGCAGGUGACAUAAUUUCAGGUCAAUCAGGUGCUGUUGAUCUGACGGAUUGGGUUAGGUUGUGUGAUCAAGAGGGUCGGGGAAUGGACUGUAUUGACCGAGACAUUGCAGGUGGUGAGCAACAUUCGAAAGCCAUGGAUGAUUUGCUUGAAGUAUCACUAAGGUGUAUACUCCCAUUAACUGAACGACCUACAAUCAGACAAAUCUUGGAAGAUUUAUGUGCCAUAUCUGUUUGAAGCUUCUGUACAAUGUGUUUUUUUGUUUGUUUAUUUCUUUGGUUAAUUGGUUUCGAGCCUUAGAAUUCGGGCAAAAAACUAAGUCACAAUUCAUUGUUUUCCCCCUCUCCUUGAUUUUUUGUUCUUAUUUUCUUUGUGUAAAGUCAAUUGAUUGUUUCUGAUGUACUACUAAUUGCAGGAAAGGACAUACUGUUUGCAGAGUAGUCUUUUUAAUUUAAUUUAAUUUAAUUUUUUAUAUUCU